AUGGAACAACACUAUCAUCAACAAAACCAACUACGUCAACUUAAACAACAACAGCUAAAAGAACUCUUACAACAACAAUCAAAAGAUAAAGAAGAAGACGAACAGAAACACGACGAUUACCGGUCACCAACCAAAACCACUACAACUACAGCCACAUCUACCAGCGCAGCAACGAUCCAAUCACCUAUAAAAUCCAAUGAGGAAGAUGAUGAAAUCGAUAACUCUCAACAUAAUAACGAUACACUACAAAUUUCCGAACCAGAAGGAGAAUCUGAAAUAGAAGAAAUAUGGGAACAUGCUUUUGAUCCAUUACCAACUAGUGUUUCGAAAAACUCUGCCGAAAAUGUAACAAAUCUUGGUGGUAUUAAUGCUAGAGUGUUCUCGCUUUCAAAACCAAUUUAUCAUGACCCAAAUAAACUCGAUCUGCUAUUAAUUUAA